AUACGCCAGGGUACCCACGUGGCUCGGACCCUGCAUACAUGACAGGGACAGUCAGCUAGAAGCUAAAAUAAAAUAACCUUAUCUAGCUAGCCACUUAAUUAAUCGACCAUGGAGGAUCUACCUGCAGAUAUCAAAGCGUUCCUUCUGAAUCAUCCAUUUCUUGAAUUUACGGAUGACAGUAGAAAGAUUAAAUGCACACUCAAUGGACAUGAUUUACCUUGCAACCUCAAAGAGCUCCAGAACUUCACGAAAGGGAAGAAAUAUCAGAAACUAAGUUCUACUGCAGAGUUCAGCUAUAGUCAAUAUGAACCUCAUGUUGUGCCCAGCUCGAAGCAACCCAAUCAUCUCUUCUGCAAGUUAACACUCAGACACAUCAAUCGCCUGCCACACCAGGUCUUACGGCAUGUCAAUGGCAAGCGGUUCCAAAAAGCAAAGAAGAAAUAUGAAGAGUGUGUACAACAGGGGGUGGAGUACAUUCCAGCGAGCCUCCGACAGAAGAAGCCCAGAGAUAGAGGUGGGGAGGGGGAGAGGGGACGCAACACCCAGAGGGGGAAUGGAGCGUGGGCUCCUGACUCCAGCAACGAGGGUGGCAGCGACUCAGAGGACAGCAUGAGUGACCUGUACCCAUCCUCUUUAUUUUCUCUGCAAAAGGAGACUGAGGAGGGUAUGGAAGAGGGAAAAGAGGUUGACUUUAAAACGGAUGACGAUGAGGAGAUGGAAGUUGAUAAACAGGCGCCACAGAAACGCAAGAAGGUUCAGGCUGGUGGUUUCCAGAAGAAAUCCAAGAAUCAUAACUGGAAAAGAAAAGGUUUAAAGACCAAUGUGAAAGUAAAAAAAGUAAAAUAAAGGUGAAUAUAAAAUGC